CGCUUCUACUUCUUCUAUAAAACCUCUACGUUUCUCUCUUAAACCCCAAUUCUUACACUCACCGAUUCACUCCCUCACCUAUUCCAGCUUCAACUUUUCCAUAUCUCUCCAUCAAUGGCUUCUUCCAUUGCUCUCCGAGCGCUUACCGCUUUCUCCGCACCUAAACUCAUCAAUCCUGUUCGCUCCGCCUCUAUUCUCCCUUCCUCUGUUCCUCGUUCCUUCAACACCAAUGCUCAGAUGACCAACUACGACCAUGAUGAUCGUUCUGUUGAAGUGGACCGCCGCUCUGACCGCUCCCUCUCUCGUUCUCGGGAUCCUUAUUCUGGUUUCGGAGGUAAUGUGUUCGAUCCAUUCUCUCAGACUAGGAGCCUAAGCCAGGUGCUGAAUCUGAUGGACCAGUUCAUGGAGGAUCCGUUUCUGGCAGCAUCACGAGGAGUAGGAGCAGGAUCAAGGAGGGGGUGGGACGUGAAGGAAGACGACAACUGUCUAUAUCUUCGUAUGGACAUGCCAGGACUGGGCAAAGAUGAUGUGAAGGUGAGUGUGGAGCAGAACACACUGAUCAUCAAAGGAGAGGCAGAGAAAGAAUCCGAAGAUGAAGAAGACCUUAGACGAUUCUCGAGCCGACUGGACUUGCCUGCGAAUCUGUACGAGCUGAAUUCAAUCAAAGCAGAGAUGAAGAAUGGGGUGCUGAAAGUGGCAGUGCCAAAGGUGAAGGAAGAAGAAAGGAAGGAUGUGAGGCAUGUUACUGUUGAGUAGUUGUUUGGAAAAUGAAAAUGAUGCCCUUACUUUGUUUUUCUUACACUUGAAUGUACAGCCUUUCUUGUUUGGUGUUUGUUUGUUAUGUGCUUUGGGUUGUAAGUACAAAAGUCUCUUGUUCUUGAGAUGGUGAGUAAGAUGUAUGGAUUUCAAAGUUGUUUUUGUUAAUAUGAUUUGCAUCUGAACAAA